UGGCAGGCUAGCACUGAUGCAGGGACAGCAGGAGCCCUAACCCCACAGCAUGUCCGAGCUCAUUCCUCUCCAGCAUCACUGCAGCUGGGAGCUGUUUCUCCAGGGACGCUUACACCCUCUGGAGUAGUGACUGGACCUGGAGCUCCAUCUUCUCAACAUCUCCGCCAGUCUUCAUUUGAGAUCCCUGAUGAUGUACCUUUGCCACCAGGCUGGGAGAUGGCUAAGACACCAUCUGGACAGAGAUACUUUCUUAAUCAUAUUGAUCAAACAACAACAUGGCAAGAUCCUAGGAAGGCCAUGCUCUCCCAGAUGAAUGUUACAGCUCCCACUAGUCCUUCCGUGCAGCAGAACAUCAUGAACUCAGCAUCGGGCCCACUCCCCGAUGGAUGGGAACAAGCUAUGACCCAGGAUGGAGAAAUUUACUACAUAAACCAUAAGAACAAGACCACAUCUUGGCUAGACCCAAGGCUUGACCCACGCUUUGCCAUGAAUCAGCGAAUCAGCCAAAGUGCUCCAGUGAAACAGCCACCUCCUCUGGCUCCUCAGAGUCCUCAGGGUGGUGUGAUGGGUGGGAGUAGCUCCAAUCAGCAGCAACAGAUGAGACUUCAGCAGCUACAGAUGGAGAAAGAAAGGCUGAGACUGAAGCAUCAAGAACUGCUUCGGCAGGCAUUGCGGAAUAUCAAUCCCAGCACAGCAAAUUCUCCAAAACAUCAGGAAUUGGCUCUCCGUAGCCAGCUUCCAACAAUGGAACAAGACGGUGGAUCGCAAAACCCCGUGUCAUCUCCUGGAAUGUCUCAGGAACUGAGAACAAUGACUACAAAUAGUUCUGAUCCCUUUCUUAACAGUGGAACAUAUCACUCCAGAGAUGAAAGCACAGAUAGUGGACUUAGCAUGAGCAGUUACAGUGUACCCAGAACCCCAGAUGACUUCCUGAACAGUGUUGAUGAGAUGGAUACAGGUGACAGUAUCGGCCAAAGUAACAUACCAUCCCAUCAGAACCGUUUCCCAGACUACCUUGAAGCCAUUCCAGGGACAAAUGUGGACCUUGGGACACUGGAAGGAGAUGGGAUGAAUAUAGAAGGAGAAGAACUGAUGCCAAGUCUGCAAGAGGCUUUGAGCUCUGACAUCCUUAAUGACAUGGAAUCUGUCUUGGCAGCCACCAAGCUAGAUAAAGAGAGUUUUCUUACUUGGUUAUAGGGGCCUCAGGGAGACUGAAUUCUAAAUCUGUGAAGGAUCUAAGGAGAUUAGGACAUCUGUAUCUGAA